AUGUCAGCUCAGACUGAAUGCCCAGAUGGGUGUCUGGCAUUGGAGAUCGUGUGGUGCAUGCUGUGUUUGUUGGAACUGGAACGAUCCCACGCUCUCAGACACAAACCUGCUCUGCACUCAUUCAUUCUGGGUGUGGUGGACAGGAACCAAAACCAAAGAGACCAGAACUACACGGUUCUGAAGACCAAAGCCCACACAAUGACAGUGGAGGGGCUGAAGCCGGGCACCACCUAUGUGUUCAGAGUGAGGGCGCGCACUGACGGAGGCUACGGCAACUACGGUGGAGAGAUAGAGCUGGAGACCAGUCAUGAGGGGAUCAAAGAAUGGAGGCACAUUUUAAAAGGCUUUGGGGCAUACGGUAAACACAGAGACCUUGUGAACCAAAGAGACCAGAACUACACGGUUCUGAAGACCAAAGCCCACACAAUGACAGUGGAGGGGCUGAAGCCGGGCACCACCUAUGUGUUCAGAGUGAGGGCGCGCACUGACGGAGGCUACGGCAACUACGGUGGAGAGAUAGAGCUGGAGACCAGUCAUGAGGAUAUGCUGGCCAUUGGGGACCCUAACCAGUCCACAAUCCUUGCGGUGUCCAUAGCCGGUGGCAUUGUGCUCCUUAUCUUCCUGGUGGUGUGUUUUGUAGUGAGUGGACGACAUUGUGGCUACAUUAAAGCGAAGCAAGAUCCAGAUGAAGAAAAAAUGCAGUUUCAGAAUGGGAGAGUGAAACUUCCAGGAAGCAGGACGUAUAUUCACCCCCACACUUACGAGGACCCAAAUCAAGCCAUCCGAGAUUUUGCCAAGGAAAUUGAUGCCUCCACUAUACGUAUAGAGAGAGUUAUAGGUGCAGGUGAGUUUGGUGAGGUUUGCAGUGGCCGUCUGAAGCUCCCCAGCAAGAGAGAAAUCUACGUGGCCAUCAAAAGUCUGAAAGCUGGAUACUCAGAGAAGCAGAGGCGGGACUUCCUGAGCGAGGCCAGCAUCAUGGGCCAAUUUGACCACCCCAACAUCAUCAGACUGGAGGGAGUCGUUACCAGAUGCAAGCCCGUGAUGAUUAUUACAGAGUACAUGGAGAAUGGAUCGUUGGAUACUUUCCUGAAGAAACACGAUGGGCAGUUCACCGUCAUUCAGCUGGUGGGCAUGAUGCGUGGAAUCGCUUCGGGAAUGAAAUAUCUGUCUGACAUGAGCUACGUCCACCGUGACCUGGCGGCACGCAACAUCCUGGUGAACAGCAACCUGGUGUGCAAAGUGUCCGACUUUGGCCUGUCCAGAGUGCUAGAGGACGACCCUGAAGCUGCAUACACCACACGGGGUGGAAAGAUUCCCAUUCGAUGGACGGCCCCUGAGGCUAUAGCGUACAGGAAGUUCACCUCAGCAAGCGACAUUUGGAGUUACGGCAUCGUCAUGUGGGAGGUGAUCUCAUAUGGAGAGCGGCCUUAUUGGGAGAUGUCUAAUCAAGACGUGAUUAAAGCUAUAGAUGAGGGUUACAGGCUGCCCGCUCCGAUGGACUGUCCUGUUGUCCUCCACCAGCUGAUGCUGGACUGCUGGGAGAAGAGCAGAAGUGAACGGCCCAAAUUCGGGCAGAUCGUCAACACUCUUGACAAACUGAUCCGCAACCCCAACAGUCUGAAAGAGCUCGCCAACAGCUCAAUCUGGGAAGACCCCACCACCCCAGAAUUCAGUGUGAGUACGGUGGAUGAAUGGCUGGACGCUAUCAAUAUGGGCCAGUACAAAGACAACUUUGCCAGCGCAGGCUACGUUUCUCUAGAUUCCAUACUGUACAUCAGCAUGUGUGAGUUAAGCAAGAUGGGCGUGACUCUGGUCGGGCACCAAAAGAAGAUUCUCUCGGCCGUCCAGAGUUUGCACGCACAGGGGACACACGUGCAAGUAUAACAAGCCUUCAAGAGCGUACAGACUGAGAGAGUUACCAACUGCUCCCACCACAGUCCCUAUCAGCAGCUUCACCGUACACUUCUCACCCUGGAUGUUUCCGCAAAUGACCCUUUUGUCAGCACUCUGGCUUCCAUCCAUGCACGCCCGAGCUUCCUACAGCCAGAGGAACACACCGAGACCGAUCUACAAUCGCUUGACAAGGCCACGGCAAAUCAGAUAUGAAGUAUGGUUAUUAAACAAAAAAGGAACAAAAACACAUUAGGGAGAAUUCACAGCUUGUGUUUUACAGUUUCAACAUUUGCAUUUAAUAUUUGACGUUUUGCAUAUCAGAGGUCGGACUGUUGUUGUUUUGUUUUUCUCACAUCUGUGUUUGGGAUAUCAGUCUGUCCUUCUACAUCACUUAUAAGCCACAGUAAAAUAUCAGAAGAUGUUUCUAAUAUAUUUAUUUUGUCAUAAUUGAGCGUUUGAGCACAGAUGGAUUCAAGUCCCAGAAUUCAGACGAAAAGGCGACAGAGGUUUGUGUUCCACAAGCAAAGAUGGCCGGAAUGCAUCUGAGACGACGAAGACGAAGGCCGUGCCUUGCACAGGACGACGAGACAAGCUGAGAAAUAAUUGCUCUUCACUCAUCGCCGUGUUGCAAGCAUUUGAAUAAGAAUCCGUUUGACUUCUCAAACACACUUCCAGAAAAUAGAAAUGUCAUUUCUGUCCAUCCGCUGCACAGAUAUGCCAACGUGUUUUACCACUGCAAAGUUUGUGCACGUCAGAUCAAGCAAAGACGACUUCGAAAGGUCAUUUUCGUCAUUACGAAGUUCGCAUCGUCUUUACGUUUACACUCGUAGUGCGUGACGACUAUUGUACUAUAGUGUAUAAAAUGUACAGUGUUGAUUUGAAAAAAAGAAGACAAAAACGAAAAACUAGAAUGUUUGUAAUGAUGUACCUUUAUUUAGUAUGAAGAGGAAGAAGUGGCCGUUAUCACCGUCGUUUGCCGAUGUGCGAUAAUAACUCAUCUCUGGAAUGUAGCAUGGAUCCUAAGCUUCAUCUUUGAUUGACAGGUGACAGUGACUGCAGUUUUUUCACUCAAGUGGUGCCCUUAGCUGCUUGACUUUAGAUGCCUUAUUAACUGUGCAGUUCUCUCUCUUUUUCUCGUCCUCCCCUUAGAAACGAUAUCAUGAAGUUUAAUGUAUAUAGUAUUUAUCAUUGUGUCACUGAGAAGCUGGAGCUCGAUGUAAAAGCCAGGCUCGACGUUGUUUUAGUCUGCUGUUUGUGGAAACGCAUUCGAUCCGUGUGGAACAGGGACGGAGAUUCUAUUGGGGCGAACUAAAUUCCUCAUGCUAACUUUACCGAGACUGAUUUGCUGCACUGUAUAUUUUUGUACUAGUGAGGUUGUUCUGUAAAGUAGAAGUCUACCUGUUUUAUUUAAAUAUAUAUGAGACAUAAAUACAGGAACGGAUGGAAAUGAGAGAUAAUCAUACUUCAAAUCAUGAUUCCCUGACGUCAUUUCACAUUUUGAUUUCUUUUAUGUCAUUGAUUGUUUCGAUGCUUCAGCACAACGCUGUAACUAAUCGCAAAAACUUGCUUGGAAUCUGUAGGGGUUUUUCUUCCACAUUCUGCAGAAUUUUGCUGAAAGGAUUUGAAUAUGCUAAAAUAUCUUUAUUCAAAACUCAUUUAAAAUGGAAAAAUAAAUAAAUAAAAUGUCAGAAUUCUGUACCCGCAGAUUCCGUGUGUGGUUUAACUAAGCACACAUAACCACUCUUCCUUUCGUCAAUUUUUAAGGAAAAGCCAUCAUCGUCUGUUAUUAGAAUAUGUAUAACUGGAUACUUUUCAUAAAAGGUGAAAAUCCUGAAAAUGACAUCUCGAACCAUGUUUAAAAUGGUCACAUAUUUGGUUCCCCAAAUUAAAAUGGCAUAAACAACAAUACAUUAAAAAUAUAUAAAUGAUACUGAUAAAUGCAAGGAUCCCUACUAACCAUUGCACUUUUCUUUAGUUUUUUUUUCCCCCAUGCAUAUUUUACCGAAGGAGAGGAAAAACACUUCCUUAAACAAGUGAUUAUGCAUUUAGAUGAAUUCAUUUGUUCUAUCCUGCGAUUGUUAAUGAACCUUAUACACUAAAUCUGAGAUUUCAAUAUGUUAAGUAAUUCCAGAAGGCCAGAAACUCAUCCAUUUUUAUGCUCAUUUUCCAAUCCAAAAUGAAAUCCAUUCAACUCCGUCUAGGGAGGCAAUAUGCUGAUGUGGCAAAAUUGGCUGCAGAAAAUUGCAUUGAAAUAAUAAAAACAUGAUGAUGAUGAUGAUGAUAGUGGCGAUAUUAAUGACCAUUAAUAAAACAUAAGCUCCAGUUUUUACUACUGCAACAUAAAACUUCCAGUUUUGCAAAUACAGCUAAGUAAAGAAUUAUAUCUAUAUAUCUGCUCACCAAAUGAAUCAAAGCAGGUGGUUUUGUGACUAAACAGUGUUAGUGGCAGGAUGUGGAAUGUUGUUAAUAUGAUAGAAGGUGAUAGAUGAAUCUUGCUUAUAAAUUGUCUAUCGAGUCGUUGUCUUUUGUUCUGCCCCGGCUCUGUACAUGUGUUUGGGCUGAUCCUUUGUGAAUGAUCUCUGUUCUUUUGUAAGCUAUGUGCCCAUCUCUCCACACACUGCAGGUCUCUAUGAGCUCGCAAAAAAGGGUGUACGCAUUGACAUUCUUCAUGUCGCUGUAAUAAAUGCUAAUAUUUUUAAUUUCUCA